AUGAAGCUAAUUUGUUUUUUAAUGAUCGUCAUUUUGGCUGCGGUCGCGCAGGCACGUAGUGACAAAUAUUUUGGUGGGAAAUACCAUGUGCCAACAAAAGCAGCAACAACACGACAGCAAACAACAAAACCAACAGCCAGUAAAGCAAACUUCCCGCAGCGACAAACAACGGCCACUUAUAAACAUCCGAACAGCAUUACGGCCGGCCGACGCGGUGAUGCUGGGCCAAAAGUGCCGAUCUUGCGUAAUGAUCAAGAAAUGAAAAAAGACGGCCGCUAUCACUAUCAAUACGAAACGGGCAAUGGCAUUAGCGGCAUGGAACAGGGCACUGCUGGUGUUGCGAUCAAAGGCGCCUCCAGCUAUGUCUCACCCGAAGGUGUGGCAAUCAAGCUGUCCUACACGGCGGAUGAAACCGGCUAUCAUCCGGUGGGCGAUCACAUUCCCAAGACACCCGACUAUGUGCUGCGCGCACUCGAAUAUAUACGCACACACCCCUUCAAGGUGAUAAAGGCCGGCGAAUUGCGCCCACGUCUGUCCACUGAGAUUGCGCCACCAUUACUUACCCCCCACAAUUCGCGAAAUUUCAACUACAAGACGAGCAGCUUCAACAGCAAGAGCGUUGCGACGAAGCGUCCGAGUCAACGGAAUGCUAGACGCAACGAUGUGAGGCGCCGUUUUUGAAGAGUGUCUGUUUUACGUCUGCAGUAAAAUGGAUCUCACUCUCUGUAGUGGCGUAGAUAAGAGGAAAAUGUAUUCUAAUUUAUUUAUAAUGAAUUUAACG